UGCGUAACGCAGAGUAUCCCUAUGCUAAGUCUGCGAUUCUCACCACUGUCACGUUCUCCAGAAAAUAUCCGACCGUUGUCAUUAUUGUGCAUGAACAGUUUCACGUCACAACGAUUUAAGAAUAUGGGAGUGGUUUCCCAAAGAAUUUCAUGGUUUUGGGAAGGUUGUUUUCGGGAAAUGUGAUUGGUGAGUGUGCGCUGCAAUUACGUAUUUACAAUGCUGUGAAUGGGACAGAUUAGGCUCUGUGUUUUCGCUUCGGAUAUCCUCCGUCGUCAGUCAAUGAAGUACGGAUGCAGUGCACAAUGUUUUGAUUUAUAUCUUCAUCAAAAUGCUCUAUCGAGAAGCAAGGCAAUCUCCAACUGAAAUAUGACUGCAUUGGAUCUAAUUGGCUGCACUGUCUCUCGGAUUAGUUUGACUUCAUCGCAUGGGACGGUCUUUUAGGAAUACCUAUUCAUGUUUAAAGUAUUUUAACGAUGCCAACAUAAAUUAUUAAAAUACACAAUCAGUAGUAGCUACAACAGCGAUGGAUUAUCGGCGCAAAAAGAAGCUGACAUACUUCACUAUUGGAUUGAUCUUUCUUCUAAGUGGAAUCGAAUAUGCCGUAAUCUUGCCCACGAUAUGGAGAUACUUGCAGACACUGGAAGCGGCUCCCUACUUCCUGGGUCUGAGCCUAUCAGCUUUCAGUCUGAGUGGUCUCCUCACUGGACCUCUGUUUGGCCUCUGGUCCGACCGGACCUGUGCCACCAAGAAGAUCAUCCUAUUCGCCAACCUCUUUGAGAUAGUCGGCAACUUCAUGUACUUCAUGGGCUAUUCCAAAUGGCUCUUGCUGUCCAGCAGACUUGUGGCAGGAAUAGGUACUGGUGCUGGUUCAUCCAUCUUUGGCUUCCUAACCCGAAGCACUGCCCCAGAAGACCGUUCCACUGUGUUCGCUGCAGUCAUGGCAUGUCGGCAGGCUGGCCUUCUGAUUGGUCCAGCAUUCAACAUCUUCCUGAGGCUCUGUGAUUUUCGGAUGGGCCCGUUUCUGGUCAAUAAGUACACCGCACCAGGGCUCUUCAUGUGCCUGCUGUGGAUCCUCCUUCAGCUGGCUGUGGUGUUCAUGUACUGGGACAUACCACCGCAGGAGACAGAGGACCAAAGCGAGAGCGUAGCGGAGGGAGACAAAGAGGUGGUAUCAAGAGAGGUGGAGGGGGAGGAUAUGGACGGGGAUGAUGACGAGGGGAAGCCUUUAAUGCGGCCCCAUGAGCUCCUGGGCUCCUACGGUUCGGUGGUCACCCCCGAUCCACAGAGGGAGCAGGCGGUCAUCUCCAACGGCAACCUGUCUCACAUCUCCCCGCCCUCCUCGCCUCCGCCUGAGUUGGACGUGCCAUCCAACCCCUUCAAGAGGUUCAGCAUGAGCCGAGAGUUCCUUAGAGAAGAGGUGGUGGUGCUUCUAACCGCCCAGUUCAUUACUCUUUUUAACCAGACAGCACUGGAGACCAUGGUGACCCCAUUGACCCAGAAGUACUUCAACUUUGGUGAGCUGGAGAACAGUGUGAUGUACUGUAUCUGCGGCGUGGAGGUCAUCGCUGGCUUCCUGUUUGUGCGCUGGCUGACCAAGCGAGCGGCUGAGAGGGUGGUGCUGGCUGUGGGCCUCAUCCUCUGUAACAUCUCCUGUGUGUGGUGUCUCAUCUUCCUAGCCAAUCCCCAAGGCGGCUUUAAUUGGCAGUUAGCAGAGUUCAUCAUCGGUGUAUUCCUGCAGGUAUUGGGACUGCCCUUUGUAGCCGUAGCCCAGGUGUCUCUUUUUUCCAAAGUCACUUCAGAGAAGACUCAAGGGUUUAGUCAAGGAGUCCGUCGCUCAGUGGGAGGUCUGGCGACAAUCUUAGGGCCACUGUGGGCCGGGGGACUAACAAGUAAUCUUUACGUCAUGCUGGGAGUGAUGAUGGCUUUACUGGCACUGCUCACUAUAAUGCUGUUCUUCUCCUAUGACCGUCUGGUGGAGCCUAGCGUGGUGGAGCAUGCCGACAGCUCUGAAGAUUGUGGUUGAUUAGGACAUAAAAUAAGGAACGUAAGAGUAUAAAGGAAGUGGUGGCAAUUCAAACAUGAUCUCCCUAUGGUCUCAGGGCCAGUGGCACCAAAGACAAAAAAACUAAGAUGUAAACACUGCAAACACCUUUCAGCCCCUGGAGUGCUUCCCCGACCCUUGGUGUUCCUGGAGUUUACUUACUGCACACAGUCUCACACACCCUAAAGAACUUAACAUGGUGAAUGUACUUAUCUGGAAAAAAAAAUUUUUCCUGUGGAAAUAUGUGAUAAAACGAAAACUGGGGCAAAGUGGGAAUAUUAUGUGCCUAGUGCAUGAUAGCAAUAGGACUGUAUACUAUGUUGUUGUUGUUGGUAAUGGUGAAGAGGUCAAGCGGAAAGCGCUGUAUUGCCACUAGUUGUGAUGAAAACAGCGCCACGUAUCGUACUGGGAUAUGACAUGCUUUCCGCCAAUGAUUCGGUUUAUUCACUGCCAUUUAUAUUAGGAUAAUAGCAAAAAUUGCCCCAAAAAUGAGCAUUAUCCAAAUACAGCUAGAUUCGAAUUGAUACCACCAUGGAAACGUAAUGAUAGUUCAACCGCAACACAUUUAAUUUGUUUUAAACACAGACUCAGAUGUAUGGCUACAACCCACUGGAAGUGAUCUUUUCCCAGACCUUAAUUAUCUGCAGGUGAAGGAAUUGCCUGUUUUGAAAUUAUAUACACCAUAACUUGUCAGUGAUCACGUGCAUAUCCCAAUAUGUCAAACUAUGUAAAAAUACCUCAUAUGAGGAGCAAAGCAGAAUGCAAUUUGACGGUUACUAUGAGAUUAAAUGUAUGGUAAUGGCAAGGGUUGUUCUAAGGAUCUCACCUAUACUCCAUCCUGGUUUGUUAAUGAGUAGUCAGUAGUCUGCAUUUUUAACACUAGUUUAUCUAAAGUUAACCUAAUAUCAAAUCCAAUAAUAACAAUCACGUGAAUUUGUGCUGAAGCAGCCAAGAAAAGACAUUUUUCAAACAUUUAUGGUCAAAAGAUUCCUUGUGUUAAAAGACAGACGGGUUUAACUAUGAAUUUGAACUCUUUAAUUGUUUUUGGUGUGUGCUGGUGAUAUUUAAGUUUCUUGUAAAUUAACAUUUUUGGGUAAAAGCUACAUUCUAUUGUGAAUUGAAGUUGUUAUUUGUAUUUAUUUUUAAUUUCGUCACCACCUACUCGAACUGUUUGAUGAGCACAAUUUAUUUUUCUGAAUUGUCAUUGUAAAAAGAAAAAUGCUAAAUAAACACCUUGCUGUAUA